UCUUUUUAUGGUUAUUCUUUGACCAAAUAGCCCUUUUCUUUUGCAUUUGUUCCACACUCAUUUGACAUAACAUGGCUCAAGAAACUCUGAGAAGAGGGUAAAACGGGGAAUAUAUUUUAAAGAUACGUGAUAAAAUGGUCAGAUUAACAUAAUUUAACUUUUCCCGUUGCAUAUAUAAGCCGUCAGUUAUCUGCCAAUACCUCAGGGUUGCAAAUUUUAUUUUAUUUUAUAUAGCAAAGUAAGAAAACGACAUGAAGAAAACUGGAAUCCUCGCUGCUUCCAUCUCUGCGGCAGCUUCCGCCACCAUGAACACCACCGUAUCCUUGUCUUUGCCGGAAUCUAACCUUUCCCGUCAGGAUUCAAAGGAGAAACAGAGGAAGAAGAAAAAGGGUUCUGAAGAAGGGGGAGAUAAAAAGUUUGGUCCAAGGUUUGAUGGGUUAAGGUUCAUUGAGACCCUUGUUACUGCUCACCGAUAACCAAAGCAUUCUUCUCAUUUGACAAAGUUUGAUAUAGUUUCUACGAUUUACCAACAACAAUUGUUGAUUUUAAUGUUUAAGCUUUUUUUGUUUUAUAGUAAUUUUGGGUUGAAGUGUAACGCAACAUGUUAUGACAUGUCAUGUUAUACGAGAUU